UAGACUGACUCAGAACAUGCAGGUACAGAUCUUGCUCCUGCUCCCCAUGACCUUUCUCCUGCCCCGCGGGGCUCAAGCUGGGGAGAUCAUUGGAGGACAGGAAGCCCAGCCUCACUCCAGACCCUACAUGGCCUAUGUGAAAAUUGGGACAAUAAGAACCUGUGGAGGGUUCCUGAUCCGGGAGGAUGUGGUGGUGACGGCGGCUCAUUGUAACUGCAAUUUUGGCAACAUCUCCGUGCUGCUGGGGGCCCACAACUCUGAAAUAGAUGAACCGGGGACGAAAACAAUCUGGGUACGUCGCCGAAUCCCCCACCCAGAAUUCAAUGACGAGACGUUUGAAAAUGACCUCAUGCUGCUGCAGCUGACAGAAAAGGCCAAGCUGACCCAGACUGUGGGCACCAUCCCCCUGUCCAAGAAGAAGGUGAAGAAGGGGGCAGUAUGCAGCGUGGCUGGCUGGGGCCUGACCAGUAAAAAAACAAACGACAAGCCCUCCCCGACCCUGCAGGAGGUGGAACUGAGGGUCAUGGGCAAGAUAAUGUGUCUGUCUCAGCGCUAUCUGCACUAUGUCCCAUCCAGGAUGCUGUGUGUGGGGAACCCCCAGGAGAGGAAGUCGCCAUUCCUGGGCGACUCUGGGGGCCCCCUGGUGGAUGGGAAGGCCCAGGGCAUAGUCUCCCAUGGUAGCUGUGACUGGUCAACUCCCAGUGUGUUUACCAGGCUCUCCAAAUACGUCCUGUGGAUCAAGAAAACUCUGCACAAGCUGAAGCCUUAGAGGGGAGCAUCCAUCUCUAGUGUGAGUGGAGAGCUAGAC